AUGCAUUUUAACAAUUAAAUAUGGGCCAUUUUAUGGAAGAAUAUGAAGAUGACCAAUAUGAAAGAAUUUGGUAAAGAGCUCUUUAUACCAUCAAUAACAGUGUUCGUGUUAUUGAUGGUAUAGAAAGGUGAAUAAGGUACAGGUAAAUUGUUCAUGUCAAUUUUGGUACCUGUUUACAUUCCAUCUUGUUUUGUUGGAUUAUGUAGAUAGUUGUUAGUAGAAUAUGUUAAUGAGAAAUCAAAUAAAUAUAGAGAUUUAUAUAAAGUAUAUAAUUGUAAUCUUAAAAUUAGAUUAUGGGUAUGAAGUUGUAAAAUUAUAGAAUAGCAUGGUUUAUUACAUAUAUAAUAAAGAGUUUAAUUAUAGGUUCAUUGAUACUCAUAACAUUAUUGUAUAAAAUGAAUUUCCAAUAAUCACUUGAAAUAGUGUUUUGCUUUAUGUUAUUUAUUUUGGCUUAAGUUGGAUAGACUUUAUUAUUAUCUACAUUUUUCAGUAACUCUUAAUUAGCUGGAGAAUUUGGAUCAUUCUUUUAAACAAUCCUAUCUACAUUCUAUUUUGCAUCUUUAUAUUAAAUGGAAUAUUUGGUUUUUAUUUGUCCAUAAUCAAUUAUUUCAUUUUACUUGAUGAAUAUAUUAGAUAAUAAUAAUGUAGAAAAUAUUACUUUUUAUUGUAUUCUAAGUUUAUCAAUCCAUCUUUUAGCUUAUUAUUUUUUAUUUAAUCUAUUAGAAGAAGAAUGCAUGAAGAGUAGGAAAUGUUUAUGGAGAAGAUAGAAUAAGACAGAUUAUGUUUAAUUAGAAGAUCAAAUGGAGGUAAUAAGUAGAAUAUAUAAAGAUGAGAAGAUAAUAUGAUGAAGAGGGUUUAGCAUUUACAUCUAUUGAAAUUGUGAAGUUAUUUAAGUAAUAUGGUGAUGUAGUUGCUGUUGAUAAUUUGAAUCUAAAAAUCUAUUCACAAUAAAUACUUUGUAUUUUAGGAUAGAAUGGUGCUGGUAAAACUACUAUUCUUAAUAUAUUAACUGGAUUAUUAGAAAAAACUAGUGGCAAGAUUUUAUAUUUUGGUAAGAGUUUUGAUAAGAAAAGAGAUGAAAUAUAAAAAUUAAUUGGAUUUUGUCCAUAAGAGAAUUUAUUGUAUGAUUAAUUAACUGUAUAUGAAACAUUACAAUAUUAAAGUAUGAUGAGAGGAAUUGAUUCAAAUUCAGAUAUUGAUAUGUGGUUAAAUCUAAUGUAAUUACAACAAUAUUCUAAUUAUAAGACUCAUGAAUUAAGUGGUGGAAAUAAACGUAAAUUAUAAAUUGCCUUAGCUUUGGUUGGAGGUUCUUAAAUUAUAUUUCUUGAUGAACCAACUGCCAGUAUUGAUCCUGAAUCCAGAAGAUAAAUUUGGAAAAUAUUGAAAGAUAUCAAAUAAAUUAAUAAAACACUUAUUUUUACUACUCAUUUUUUAGAUGAAGCUGAAGAAUUGUCUGAUCGUAUAGCUAUUAUGAAAUAAGGAUAAAUUAAAAUUUAUGGAUCUUCAGAAAAUAUAAAAAAAGAAUUAGAAGUAGGAUUUACAUUAACUUUUGGGAAUAUUUAAUCAUCUGAAUAAUAAUCACAAAUUAAAUAAUUAUUUAAUGAAUUAGAAUGUUCAAGUGGAUCUCAACUUGAAUAUGACAAUAUUAAAUAUAUCCUCAAUUAAAAUCAACUAUUUUCAAUUGUUGAAAGAGUUUAUGAAUUGAGUAACACAUAAAAUAUUAAAAUACAAUUAAUAUAAAAUACUUUAGAAGCAGCCUAUUUAAAAUUAAAUAAAGAUAAUUUAGAGGAUGAUAAAAUAAUCAAAGAAUACUCAUUCCCAAUAAAAUCUACAAAUGAUAUUAAAACUAAAUAAUUAUUCUAAAUAUCUGCUUUAUUAUAUAAGAAGUAUUAUGUUCUCAAAAGGAAUUUUGCUUUGUAAUUGAUGUUAAUCUUGCCUAUGCUUAUCUUAUUAUUAGCUUAUCUUUUUGGAUACCAAUUAUUAUAAGGUUAAACAUAGAUAUAAUUAUUUGUAUCUCUAUUUAUAUCACAAUCAUUCAGCCUUAAUUCAUCUAUAUUUAUAAAUACACCAAUACUUGAAAGAGAACUCAAAAUUAGAUAAUAAUUAAAAUAAAUGGGUAUGUCUUAAUUUACAUACAUAUUUGGAACAUUCCUUGGAGAUUACUUUAUUAUUUUAAUUCUAACUAUAUUCAUAUAUAUUCUAUCACUCUAAAUUGAAAUGCUAUUAUCAUCAGAAUAAUUGUUAAUUACUUUAAUUUUAUUUGGAUUAUCAAUUAUUUCAUUCUCUUAUGCAGCAUCCUUUAUGUUCAGUUCAAAUCAAAGUGCUAUUAAGAUAUUCCCUGUUUUUAAUUUAUUAUUUUGCUAUUUUCUACCAUAAAUGAUUGAACUUCAACUUCAAAAUCAAUUUACUGAAUUAUUUGCAUACAUGUUCCCUCUUUAUGCCUUAAAUUUAGCAUUAAAAGAUGAUAGACAAGAUUAUUCUAUAUAUUUUAUAGUCUAAUUCAUCUUUUAUAUGUUUCUAUAUUAUAUUUUAGAAAAACAAUUUAUUUUAUUCGAAAAUAGAUAGGAUUUAUAAGAUAGGAACAAUAAGUUAUAAAUUCAAAAUAUUCAAUUUGGAUAUACUCAAAAUAAACAAGUAUUGAAAUCAAUUGAUCUUUAAUUGUCUCCAUAAAAGAUAUUAUCAUUACUUGGUCCUAAUGGAGCUGGUAAAACUACACUCAUUCAAUUAAUUACUGAUUGUCUUAAAUCGAAUUGGGGAAGCAUAAUGUAUAAUGAAAAUACGAUUAUUUCAUCUUGUUAACAAUCUUAAGGUUUAUGGGAAGAUUUAACAGCUGAAGAAAUUCUGUAUUUAUUUGCUAGGAUCAAAGGAAGUAUUAGAAAUGUAAAGAAUGAAAUUUCAUAAAUUUUAAGAAUACUUUCUAUAAAAGGUAAAAUUGUUAAUAUGUCUGGUGGUCAAAAGAGAAAGGUUGCUUUGGCUAUAAGUUUGAUUGGAGAUAGUAAUAUAAUUAUACUUGAUGAACCAUCUAAUGGUCUUGAUCCAAUUUCAAGAAGAAAUCUCUAAAAUAUGAUCUAAGCUCAUGUCUAAAAAAGAAAUAGUUCUAUAAUAUUAACUACUCAUGAUAUGGAUGAAGCUUAAUAUUUAAGUGAUAAUAUAAGUUUUAUAAUCAAUGGAUAAUAGCCAUUUCCUUAAUAAAGUGUUACAUAAUUAAUUGAAUAAUAUGGUAGUGGAAUCUUGUUAAGUAUUAGAGUUAAAAAUAAAGAGGCUUUAGAUUAAGUGAUUUAGGCAUUUCCAUAAAAUCAAAAAGAGGGAUUAUUGAUUGUCAUCAAAUUGGGAAAUGAUUAUGAUGUUCCUUAAACAAUUAGAAUAUUGAAAAAUUUAUGUUAAGAAGAUUUAAUUGGAUCAUUUACUAUAAAAUAAGCAAAUUUGGAAUAGGUUUUCUUGAGACAAUGCCGAAAAUAAUAUAAUGAAGAUUGA